AAAAUAUAAUAACACUUCCUUCAGAUAUAACAAUACAUAAAGAAACUCUAACAAACCUAAUUGAUUUUGUUUAUUCAGAUUUGAUUGAAAAUUCUGGCAAUACUAAUUAUAUGAUUAGCAAAGCAAUCUUAACUCCUAAAAAUAUCAAUGUUGAAAUUAUUUCAGAUAUUAUAAUGAAAAUAAUAUCUGGUGAAGUUAUUUUAUAUCCUAGUGCUGAUUUAGUAAAUUUACCAGAUGAUAGUACAUUAAAGUUAGAAAUACCCAUCAUUCUCCUACGAAACUUAAAUCCAUCAGAAGGUCUUUGUAAUAGAACUAGACUGAUUUGUCGUGGGUUUCAAAGUAGAGUUAUUGAUGCUGAGAUUAUAACAGGAUCACAUAUUGGUAAAUGUGUAUUUAUUCCAUGUAUUACAUUAACUCUAUCAGAAACUAAAUUACCCUUCAUUUUAAAUCAGCGUCAAUUUCCUAUAUGUAUUGCAUUUUCAAUGACAAUCAAUAAAUUACAAGGACAAACUUUAAACAGGGUUGGUAUUUAUUUACCUUAA